AUCAUGCAGUUGCAGUACGGCUUUCGUAGUUUAAAAGACUUCAAAUUAAUAGAGAAUUACUCAAAUUUGUUUGAAUUACCUGCAGAAGUAAAAGUAUUUAAAUACUCAAGCUGCGGUAAAUACUUAGCAUAUGCACUCACUGAUAGCGUUGUUAUCGCAAACUCUGAUGGUAGCCAAUUAGCUCAAUUAGAUGUCAAGCAAUGCCAGGAUUUAGAAUUCAGCAGAAAAUCUACUUACUUGCAAACCUGGACUAGACCUGUUAGAUUAGAGAACAAUGAUUAUAGUGAAAACGUUGAAAUAUUCACACUUGAUGGUACAAAAGUAUUCUCAACCACAGUCAAACAACUCGAAAGCUGGACAAUUAACUUCGCAAGUGAUGAUAAGUGGGCAGUUAAGCAACAAUCUAAUGAAUUAUUGGUAUACGAUACUCAAAACUGGUCUAAAGGUUUCACCAAUAAACUUAAAUUAGAAGGCUUAGUCACAUACACUCUCAGUCCAGGUAGAAAUCCACAUUUAGCAACUUUCAUUGCAGAAAAGAAGGGUGCACCUGCUUCACUCAGGUUAUACUCUCUUCUCGGUUUGUCCAGUAAUUCUAAGCCUGUUUCACAAAAGACAUUCUUCAAAGCAGACAGAGUGUCCAUGAAAUGGAACAACCUUGGUACAACACUUCUCUUCCAAACUCAAACCGACUUUGACAAGACCAAUAAGAACUACUACGGUGAAUCUAACCUCUACUUAUUAUCAACCGUUGGUGGUGGAUACGAUGCACGUAUUACACUUGACAAACCAGGUCCAAUUCAUGACUUCAACUGGUCACCAAAUAGCAAAGAAUUUAUCGUUAUUUAUGGUUACAUGCCGGCAAAGGCUACAUUGUUCGAUCAAAGGGGUAACCAAACAUUUGACUUUGGAGUAAAUCCAAGAAACUUUGCAUUAUUCAAUCCACAAGCUAGAUUUAUUUUAAUUGCUGGUUUCGGUAAUCUUGCAGGUCAAGUUGACAUUUGGGAUAGAAGAACACUCAGUAAAGUUUGUCAAAUUGAUUGCUCUAACACAAGUCACUGUGAAUGGUCACCUGAUGGUAGAUAUAUUCUUACAGCUACCUGUUCACCACGUUUAAGAGUAGAUAAUGGCGUUAAAUUAUGGCAUCUUACUGGAAAACUCAUACACAUUCAUCCAAUUGAAGAGCUCUAUCAAGUACAUUGGAAACCAGUUGAUGUUAAAUCAUUCCCAGAAUUUAGAAAUGAAAUUGAACCAGCACCAAAACCACAUGAUAGCGUAAAAAUAUACCAAAAACCAAGUGAAACUAAACCAAAAAUUACUGGUGCUUACAAACCUCCACAUGCUAGAGGUACACCAUCUUCAAGUGGUGCAUCUACACCAAGAACUAGAACUAUUCCAGGUGCAGCACCUUCACCGAAGCCACCUCAACAACGUAAGCAAAAAUCACAAGAUCAACAACAACAACCAGAACCACAAGCACAAAAUGAUCAACUUACACCAAUCGACAAGAAGGUUCGUAACUUAACCAAGAAACUUAAAGCAAUAGAAGAACUCAAGGAGAAGCAAAAGAGAGGUGAAAAGUUAGAGAAAACUCAAUUAGCUAAAUUAGACAGUGAACAAGAAAUCAACAAGGAAAUUGCACAGCUUAGAAAUUGAACUAGAUUCAUUUUUGUAAAGGACAACUAAAA